AUGUUGCGCCGUAUCGCGCGUACUCGCCUUCCCAAGCCCGUGGCUCGCGCCGCGCCCGCUCGCGCGCUGACCGCCGCUUCCACCUCGCGCGUCGUGCCAGUGACGUCGUUCGCCAAGCGCCAGAUGGCGACGGCGACGGCGCAGCCGUCGACGCUCUCGCCCAACGCACAGGGCUUCGAGCCCCGCACCGACGCAAAGAAGCUCAACAAGGUCCUCAUUGCUAACCGUGGUGAGAUCGCCUGCCGUGUGAUCAAGACGGCGCGCCAGCUCGGUGUCAAGACGGUUGCCGUCUACUCUGACGCCGACAAGGACUGCCUGCACGUCGAGAUGGCCGACGAGGCAUACCACAUCGGCCCUGCUCCCGCUGCCGAGUCGUACCUCGUUGCCGACAAGCUGCUUGCCGUGGCGGCGGCGACGGGCGCCGACGGCAUUCACCCCGGUUACGGCUUCCUGUCCGAGUCGCCCGAGUUUGCUGCGGCUGUCGGCAAGGCUGGCAUCGCGUUUAUCGGUCCUCCUGCCGAGGCGAUCCGCGCGAUGGGUUCCAAGCGCGAGUCAAAGGAGAUUAUGAUUGCCGCGGGUGUGCCAUGCGUUCCCGGUUACCACGGCGCCAACCAGGACGAGGACGUGCUCGUCAAGGCUGCUAGCGAGGUCGGAUUCCCCCUCCUCAUCAAGCCGACUCACGGCGGUGGUGGUAAGGGUAUGCGCGUUGUUCGCAAGAUCGAGGACUUUGUCGAGGAGCUGCGCUCGGCCCAGCGUGAGGCCGCCAAGUCGUUUGGUAAUGACGAGGUCCUGAUGGAGCGCUGGCUCGAGCGUCCCCGUCACGUUGAGGUGCAGGUGUUUGCCGACUCGCAGGGCAACUGUGUGAGCCUGUGGGAGCGUGACUGCUCGGUGCAGCGUCGUCACCAGAAGAUCAUCGAGGAGGCGCCUGCCCCAGGCAUCUCGGCCGCAAUCAAGAAGGAUCUUGCUGACAAGGCCGUCGCUGCUGCAAAGGCCGUCAACUACGUCGGCGCCGGCACUGUCGAGUUUAUCAUGGACGCCGACUCGGGCGAGUUCUUCUUCAUGGAGAUGAACACGCGUCUGCAGGUCGAGCACCCCGUCACCGAGGAGGUCACUGGUGUUGACCUCGUCAAGUGGCAGCUCUCGGUCGCCGCUGGCAACCCUCUCCCCGUGACCCAGGACGACAUCCCUUGCAUCGGACACGCGUUCGAGGCGCGCAUCUACGCCGAGCGUCCCGAGGCAAACUUCCUCCCCGACGCUGGGCGACUCAUCCACACCGCUGCCCCCCGCGACGCUCCUCACCGCCUCGACACCGGCUUCCGUGAGGGUGACGACGUCUCGUCCUACUACGACCCCAUGAUUGCCAAGCUUAUCGUCCACGGUCGUGACCGCAACGAGGCGCUUGCCCUCCUCCGUUCCGCUCUUGACCAGUACCAGGUCGUCGGACCUAGCACCAACGUCGAGUUCCUGCGCGCCGUCGCCUCGCACCCCACUUUUGUUGCCGGCCCCGUCGAGACCAACUUUAUCGAGCAGCACCACGACGAGCUCUUCCCGCCCAAGGUGGUUCCCGCCGAGAUUCUCGCCCAGGCGGCACUCAGCAUUGCGCACCACGAGCCGGGGAGUGGCGCAUGGGCUGCCCUCCCUGGUCGUCGUUUCUCGGACGUGAGCGAGCACACGUACCACUUUGACGAGGGCGAGGUUGUCGUUCGCCAGAACCCCGACGGAAGCUACGACCUGAGCGUUGUGGCUGGUGACCACGCCGACGCACACCAGGCCGAGGACAAGGGCAACGCCGUGCGCCUGCACGCUCGUGCUACGCGCACUGGUCCCAACGACCUCGUUGUUCAGUUCGACAAGUCGCGCGCCGAGGCGACCAUCAUUCCCCACGGACCCAAGCUUGUCGUCUUCACUCCCGAGGGGUCGCACACCCUCCGCCGUCGUGGUGCCGAGGUCGAGGCCGAGGGCGAGGACGGGGCUGCGGCUGACGCGCUCAUCUCGCCCAUGCCCGCGACUGUUAUUGACGUUCGCGUCAAGCCCGGAGACAAGGUCACGGAGGGACAGGUGUGCGCAGUCCUCGAGUCGAUGAAGAUGGAGAUCAACAUCCGUGCCGAGCGUGACGGUGUCAUUGCCGCUGUUACCGCCGAAAAGGGCCAGGCUGUCGAGGAGGGCGCCAUGCUCGUGGCUCUUGAGCCUGUCGAGGGGGAGGCCAAGUAG